AAAAAUGAGGUGAGUAGAGAAACCAUGUUGCCAUCCAUAUCUGCUACCUCCAUCAUGUUAGUCCGACAAUCCGCCCCAAAAUAGCUCAAGUGCUCCAAGUAUUGGGUUAAAUACCGCUUUUACCCCUGCACCCUUUUUAAAAAAGUGUUCUUUUCCUCUCUAUCUGUUGAAACUUGGAGUGUCUCAGCAAAUUGCAACAGCUCUCAAGCAUUUGCAUUUGAUGGCUUUCUGGUCAAUGUGACGGACCUUGACGCUUUCCUCUCUCUCUAUCUCUCUUUGGGUUUCUUUACGUUACUUCCUGUCGUUCACUCGCUGUGUUCAUUUCAUCUUUCACAUUAUUUCCUGCUGUGCUACAGACCAUCUUACACUCUAAAGGUAUGUCUACCCACCACCCCUCUUUCAGGCUAUUUCCAUUUUUAAACCUCAUAUGUGAUUAAUCUUGAGGUUUUUUAGAUUUUUAUACCUUAAAAGUUCAGAUCUUGAAUACUUCUAUCAGUUCAUAUUCCUGUUUUAGUGAAUUGUCAAAAAAAAGUUGUAAUAUUUUAUUUUUCCGAGUGAAAGAUAAAUCUGGGUUUUCAUUUUCUUUGGUGGUUUAAACUCAUUGUUGAACUUUUAAGCUUUUUAAAGUGCAUUUUGUAAGUUCAGUUGCAGGAAAUUAUAAAAGGCAGGCCACCCAAGAAUCUUCUCCUUAAAGAUUUUUUCCUUCAUGUUUUCUUACUUUUUCCCUUCCUUUCUGUGUUAUCUUCCUAUUCCUCCUCUUCUCCAUCUCAACCCCCCCCCCCCCCCCCCCCCCUUUGGAAAAGGGUUGUGCCUCACUAAGGAAUAUUUUUUGAAGAAAGUAAAAGGAAACAACUUUAUCGGCCUCUGUUCCAUCACUCAAUGACAGUUUGUUGCGGGAAGCAUGUGCUAACCAUGGGUUGAGAGACUAACUAAACUCAAGUUCCCACAUGGUGUCCCCAUCAACAUUGGGUGAAGGGCAUUGUAAUGCUUCUUCUGUAAUGGCUUCUCCUUCAGCAAUUUUGAAGGGUAAGGACAGGUUGAACCUUAAAGCUACAGAAUUGAGGCUUGGUCUUCCUGGAUCUCAAUCCCCUGACCGAGAUGAAGGAAUCUGCUCAUCUCUCAAGGCUUCUGGGAACAAAAGAGGGUUCUUAGAAACAAAGGUCGCUUUAGUGACUCAGGCUAAUAAUUGGAUGCUUACCACUCCCAAAUCUGAUUCUCAGGCUAAUAUGAAGGACAAGCACGUGCAAGCUAAGGAGCAAGUUGUUGGGUGGCCGCCUAUUAGAUCGUUUAGAAAGAACACACUGACUUCAAGUGCUAAGGUGAAUGAUGAAGUUGUUGGAAAGCCCGGCCCCAUCGCUAUUUUUGUUAAAGUCAGCAUGGAUGGAGCUCCGUAUCUUAGAAAGGUGGAUCUUAGAACUUACACCUCAUAUCAAGAACUCUCUGCUGGGCUUGAGAAGAUGUUCAGCUGUUUUACCAUAGAAGAACAAUGUGAAAGCCCCCAAGGAGGUCAAGGCAGAGAACAUUUGAGUGAGAGUAUGUUAAGAGAUUGCCUUCAUGGAUCAGAGUAUGUGGUUACGUAUGAGGAUAAGGAUGGAGAUUGGAUGCUUGUGGGAGAUGUCCCAUGGGAUAUGUUCAUAGAGUCAUGCAAGCGGUUGAAGAUCAUGAAGGGCUCUGAUGCAAUUGGAUUAGCUCCAAGGGCUAUGGAGAAAUCCAAGAGCUGCAGGAACUAGCAGACAGCUUCUCAAGUAGCAUUUUGCUGCAUCCUAUCCACUCUUCAGCAAUCUGCCUGCCAAAAUGGACAUAUCUCUCUCUGUUUAUUUAUUUGUUCCAAUGCCUCAUUAUUUUGUUCUAGUAUGGCUGAGAUGAUGUUUUUCAUCCUAAUUAAUAUUUGUAUUGGAUGUGAUAUGAACAGUGAAUUGUGAUAAAUCAACUAAGAGACUUGUAGCAAUGUAAUUUGAUCUAUUGUUUACGUUUUGUUCAAAUAUAAUCGAAUCAUAUCUUCAUUUGAUAGGGGAGCAGGACCCUCCCUAUAUACGUGUUAUAUAGGAC